AUGAUUUGGCAACAAGUGCAAGAAGAGGGAAUUCCACCUAGCCCUGUUUAUCGGUCGAGACAGAGACCUACUCGUAACAGGGCGCAGAAGCAAGCAAGGUCUCAAGAGAAAAGCAAUGCAGAAAACAAGAUUCGGUGUAAUACCUGCUUUGAUGCCUCCGCUCAGGAUCCAAAGGAUGGAUGCUAUGGAUCGGUAUUAGGUUUGUGGGGCAGCGGGGAUGAAACUUGCAUCGUUGUGGUACAAGAGAGAGGUCUGGCUGUGUGGGGUAAAUAUCAGGGAGAAGGUUGGACUCUCAGGAGCAAAGAAUUGCAGGAUUUCCAUGUUUCUUCGAUCUGUUUGGAUGGAGUGGACCAACUCUGCACCGUCUUUGUUGCCGAUUGGGACGAAUCUCCCUUUCACGUUCUCUCCUCCUACUUGUGCACAUUUUGUGACAUUUCUAAACAUUGCCAGGAUGUUGUGGAAAUUGAAAGGGGACCUGGCUCAAUUGAUCACCUUCUUCAAGUAAGGAGGAAUGAAAUUGUCCUCAGCUGCACCUCAUCAUUUCAAGGGUCCACUGUCCUUGAGGCAAGGAAGUGCAUCCUUACUCCUAAUGCAGAUGAAAUCAUGGAAGAGGUGAAACUGGUUCCUGUGGAAUGUCAUGGUUCCAGCCACGCUCUUCUGCAACCUGAAGGGAUCGAGGAUGCUUUAUUGGCUGUGUUCCAAUCCUGCAUCAUCGUAUGGAAUCAUCAAACCGGUGAUCUGGUGAAGACGAUCCUUGUCGAUGCAGAAAAAUGCUCACCUACGUGUACUCUCAAGAGAUCUACGUGGGCUGCUAUUGAGAAAGGUAUCAUUUACAUUCUGACUUGCUUUGAAGAUGUCAGUCUCAUGGCAGUACAUCCUCAGAAAGGAAUUGUUGCAUGUACCUUUUCUCUUCCAUUCCCUCAAGAGGCACUUACAAGUAUAAUUUGUGGCAACAGUUUGUAUGCUCUUGGAAAAAUUGGCAAGGUGGAAAUCAUGCAGGACUUCAUGUCAACAAGGGCAAAGUGCUUUAGCCACAACUUUCAAUCCACCAUAUCAGCUUUCUUCAUAACAGAGGCAUCUCUCCUUGUGGCCAAUAAUGAAGGUGUCCAAGACAAACAAGAGGCUGUGAUUUUAUUAGCACCUUGUGAUUAG